UAGUUAGAGGGACAGCGGCUGAGGCGAACGUGUGCAGAAGAUGCAAGGGCAAAACCGCCAAUACCCGCGCGGAGCUUCGCCACUUUUCAGCCCAGAACUGCGAAAAGACUAUGGUGGGGCUAACGAAUUAUGUUAGCAUCUAGACACUUUUCCACUUUUGCGGGGUCUAGUGGUAAAAGUGAAGAGUUGGAAAAAUGGUUAUUCGCUAAAGUAAUAUAAUCAUUUAAGUCCGCCAUAAAGACUGCAGCCCAUUUUUUGCGGGAGAAUUUGCACGAGCAGGCCCGAGGGAAUUCUCUCGCGGUUUUUAUUCCCAGCGCCAGAUUUGAGUCAAUGCCUGGAUUGCUUGGAGCAUAGGGCCCGAGCCCCGCCCUACCGCGCGUGGGCGCUGGUUCGUUUUUGUUUGCAUUCUCCACCCCCUUCAUGGAAGUCUUGUUCGCAGGCAGAGGCGCACGAAAGAAGUGCACGCGAAUAUCUAGCAGAAAAUUUCUGUGGUCGUGUUCCCCGUUCACUAGAAAAUAGCAAUAUGCACGAAGAAGAAAAGAAGACUGCAAAAAGCGCGCAAGGCUGUCCGGCUUCGAAAUGCAAGGGAAAGCACUCCUAUAUUUUGAUUUCGCACGCGAAACACCAGCAGCAUGCCCGACGCAAAAUUGGUCUGAUUUAUCACUACAAGCACGGGUAGCAAGGCUUUUUUUUGGCCCUUUCUCUCAUGGGAUUUUCUUCUAGCUGUCUGUGUGGCUUAUUGCAAAUGGACUACUAACUGGUCUUCUUGUGAUCUUCUCGCGCACCGCCAGCAUAGUCCCCUUGUUUAUUAUCGCACUUUUCACAACUAUUAAACAUAACAAAUCAACGAACCUAACCAACAGAGCUUAUUGAUUAAGGUCAAAGAAAGGAUCAUCACCAUGGAGGGGUUGCGAGAUGACGAUACACCACCCGGGGGCUACAUCAGCUCGAAGCGAGGCUUCGUGACAUUCGUCCCGAGAGAGCAGCCGAAGCAGUCAGUGACAACUUCUGCACCGAACCCAAAGGAUGGCCAGUCGACGCAGAACACUCUUCUAGUACCAAACCAGGCAGCACAGGAAGUGGCAUGUGCUAGUCUUCAUGGUCAAGCAACAACAUCUCUUCACGGUCAUCACGGUCGUGGUCAUGAAGAUGAAGGAACCUCUUCUACUAGCGGGUCUUCACGAUGUUUCGGCAAAACAACUACCCUACUGGAAUACCGCACUCCAGCCGAGCAGGUGGCGGAGUAUCCUGCAUCUAGCGGAACAACUUGGGGGACGACCACCACCACGAUCGCUAGUGCUGCCUCUGCAGCAUCAUCUAUACGAUUACGACAUGGCGCUUUUCCGGAGGAGCAAGGGCAAGACUAUCAUGCAACACUAUCAGCAAACGCAACUAGUACUUGUGGUAGAAGUUAUUACAACGAGCAGGAGGCUGCUGAAUAUGCAGAAUACGUGGCUCAAUGUCGUGCAUGGCAAGAGCAUGCGGAGGGGCAGUAUGCGGAAGAGUAUAAAAAGGGAUUGGAAAAACGAUUUGGGGAGCAUAGCGUCAUUGCCGCGAACCUGCCCAUCGGCACCACGGCAGGUUCGGUAGUUAAGGCAACGCAGGGUGCAUCCUAAAGAACAUCAUCCUUGGCUUCCUUGGAUCAUGCUACCAGGAAUGCCGACACCGGGAGUCAUCCUUGCCUUCCACCAAAGGUUUCCAAGGAUGGUUGUGGUGCCAGGGAUGCAAUGGCCUAAGGUAGCUAAGGUAGCGGACUUUUUCUACCAGCGAUGCGGAACCGUGGCCAGUGUCAACUUCGUCCCGCAGAUGCAGCACACGGUGGCAGUCGUCGAGUUCGAACAUGUGGAGGGAUGUAUGGCGAAAUACCAGCCGUUUCUUGAGACAGUCUUAAAGUACUUGCUUGGGAGGACAGUAUCAUUCAAGUACUUACUUGGACUUGGAGGCUUUUUAGAAAAAUUUUAACUACUACGCACAGCCGUUUCUUGAAACGGUAUUCAAGUACUUAGUCGGAAACUUUUUAGAAACAAGGUUAACAACGCUUAGAAAUUAUUUUGAGUAAGGGCAUAGUUGAGAUUUGAGAAUCGAUUUCAUACUAUCGCGCUAGGUGUACUAGAUCUUAGCAAGAUGCACGAAAGCUACAAGCCGUUGAGUAGCAGCAUGGCCAUACUACAUGGGGCGAGCCUAUUACGUGACUGACUGCUUUCCUUGUUCUUUUAUCUAGUUCGAAUACUAAGCCUACUGAUACAAUCGGGGAACAGCAUUUAAUUAUUAUUUAUCGAGUUAGGGGUCCACUGGAAUUACAAGGAUCAAAGACGGCGUCUUUCUUCAUACUAGUCGAAAAUGCGAUGGAGCGAGGCUAUCCCAAGGACCUGAACGGUAAUGCAGUGCAAGUCCGCGGAUGUGCUGAAAUUCGCCAGGACCUACAUGUCGCACUGAAUACUGGCGCUCUGCAGGCGUGAGGAGCAGUACGCGGUGGUUCGAGUAGUACGCGUCUAACCUCGUGGAGAGCAGCAGCGACGUUCUACGGACGGCAUUUCUUUGGAGUGGAUUAACCAGUUUGAGCAAGUCGUAGUGCUGUGUAAGUCAGGUUUCGGGCAGUAUGUUUCUUUCGAGCAGUAUGGGUUCGAGCAGUACGGGUUUGGCCAGUAUCUACCAUGGGUUUUGCUUCUACCAGUGUAGCUCGUUGCUGCAUAGAUUGUGCAGCAAAGGAGGCCAUCUUUUUCUGGGUUGUGAAUUUAGUGACGACGAAGAACAGCAAUCAUUUAGUAUGAAGAAGACCGGUUAUCCUUAUCUAGUAUAAUUUUUCUCUCCAAGAGUGAUGAAGUGAUUUCCGUCAUUUCCAAUAAGAUGAAGUACGCAAGAGCGCUUAGCGUGAGCGUUAGUUACGCAUAGUCAUAGAUAGCGUAUAUAUACGCAUGAGGUAAGGCGUCCCUAGGCCUAGCGAUCUUCAUUAUAUAUAUUAAUAAUAUGCACUAGGCUAAUAGACCAGGAGAAAAAUUCGAGCCAGUAGUUUCCGAUGUUAUUUUUUUUUUGCAAAGCUGUCAAACUUUGCAAAACUUUGGCUGCUCUUGGGCAGUGUUGAAAAUGGGGUUGCUUGGUAUCUAUUCUGGACUUAGAAUUAUUAAUAUAUUUUGCAACAUAUUUUUAGCAUCAUGAUAUUACAAGAAGGGCAAUUUUGGUUCAUCCAGCUACCCUGAUUUUGCUUUUUUUUUCAUUUUUUAUCCACAGCCACAGAGACAGAUACAAGUAAGCAUGACUUAUGAUAAGUUAGUAAGAUAGUACAAGUACAACUCGCUCUUCCUCUUCAAUUAGUAUUUGCAUCUUCAUGAAGAUCAUGGUGAUGAACAAAUGAUCUAGUACUUACUAAGAAAAACUGGAGGCUUCCUUGCGAUUGAAAAAAAUACACUUCGCUUCUAUUAGAAAGAUUAGCAUUGAAGAUGGGAAUUAUUGCUGUCCUAGACGUAGAUGACCGGGUAUCCACCGACCCUCGUUUUGCCUUUCAAAGUCAUGAUUUUGCUUAGCAGUUUCGGCUCGUCCUGGUUUCGGGUGUUCCACCAUGUCGUUCACAAGAGACGCCAAUGCGAUCCUCACAGUAGAUGAAGAUCCUCUUGAUGUGAAGAUUUCUAGUUUGAUAUUGGUCAUCUUCAGUCGCAU